GCGGCUGGUCUGCUCUCCGCACGCCGGCUUCAGCACCUCUCCUCCGGCCACACGCCCCCGCCUUCCCCCGGUCUCUCUCUGGAGGUGGAAGGAAUCAAGGAUAUGAGCUCAGGAUCCUUGAACGCCACAAAGAAGUUGAGGACAGAAGACUCUCCUGUUGAUUCUGCAUUUUGGGGAUAUUUCCCUCAUCUCUAUGGCAAAGUUCCUGGCAGAAUUACUGGGAUGCACACUUCCAGACAAGGGCAACGCUCCUUUGUUCGAGUGUCGCAGCCAGCCGCCCCUCGGACUCAGGCCUUCCUCCAAGCAGCGGACAACUAUCUUUGGGACUUUAACCAAUGAGAGAGCGCUGCUGGACAACAGACUGGACAACAUGCCUCAGACUCCACCGUUCUCCGGGCAGCUGAACACCAGCAGCUACAACAAGAACCUCUACCAGAGCAAGGAGGAAGGCUACCCCGGCCUGUAUUACCAUGACAACAACCUGGCAUCCGGCUCGCUGGAGGCCCUCAUCCACCACCUGGUCCCGACUGUGGACUAUUACCCAGACAGGACGUACAUCUUCACCUUCCUGCUCAGCUCUCGCCUCUUCAUCCACCCGUAUGAACUCAUGUCCAGAGUUUGCCACCUGUGCAUGGAGCAGCAGCGACUGGGCGAUCCUCAAGCCGACAAGAUGAGAGUCAGGAAAAUCGCUCCAAAGAUCCUCCAGCUGUUGACGGAGUGGACGGAAACCUUCCCGUACGACUUCAGGGAUGAGAGGAUGAUGCGCAGCCUGAAGGAGCUCACGCACCGGCUGGCCAGCGGAGACGAGGUUUACAGGAAGGCAGUGGGCCAGAUGAGCCAGGGCCUGAUCAGGAGGCUGACGGUUCUCAGCCAAUACGAGGAGGCGCUGGUCAAGAUCAAUGCUACGGCGGCCGAACGGCUCACGGCCCUAAAGGCGAAACCGCAGGCGGCCAUUCAAAGAGACUUGCUGUCCAUCUGCAACGACCCCUUUACUGUCGCCCAGCAGCUCACACACAUAGAGCUGGAGAGACUGAGUUACAUCGGACCUGAAGAAUUCGUCCAGGCCUUCGUCCAGAAAGACCCUCUGGACAAUGAUAAGAGCUGCUUCAGUGAUCACAAGAAGGCCAGCAACCUGGAAGCGUAUGUCGAAUGGUUCAACAGACUCAGUUAUCUGGUGGCUACAGAGAUCUGCAUGCCUGUGAAGAAGAAGCACCGAGCUCGAGUCAUGGAGUUCUUCAUCGACGUGGCGCGAGAAUGCUUCAACAUUGGCAACUUUAACUCCCUCAUGGCCAUCAUUUCCGGGAUGAACAUGAGUCCGGUGUCUCGGCUCAAGAAGACCUGGAGCAAAGUGAAAACGGCAAAGUUCGACAUCCUGGAGCACCAGAUGGAUCCUUCCAGUAACUUCUACAACUACAGAACAGCUCUGAGAGGAGCCACGCAGAGAUCCAUCACCGCCAACAGCAGCAGAGAGAAGAUCGUCAUCCCUUUCUUCAGCCUGCUCAUCAAAGACAUCUACUUCCUGAACGAAGGCUGCGUCAACCGGCUGCAAAACGGACACAUCAACUUCGAGAAAUUCUGGGAACUGGCCAAGCAAGUGAGCGAGUUCAUGACCUGGAAGAAGGUGGAGUGUCCGUUUGAGAAAGAUCGUAAGAUCCUGCAGUACCUGCUGACGGCGCCAGUGUUCACCGAAGACGCGUUGUAUCUGGCGUCGUACGAGAGCGAAGGUCCUGAGAACAACAUGGAGAAGGACAGAUGGAAGUCUCUGAGAUCCACUCUGCUAAGCAGGGUCUAAACCAGAACCCAACAGACGAGUCGAUGCCGCUGUUGUCCAAACUCGGUAUCCCCGUGUUGGAAGGGAACCGACAAUCUGUACUCUGGCUGGCGAGGACUUUCUCUUCCCCCGUCCGGCUUCAGAUUUCUACCGAGCUCUGCUUUUCCUGACCCUCCUGCUCUUCGUGCUGUAUAUUUCAGGACAGCUGUUUUUGCAUCUCUUUGUACGACUUUAUAGUCCUUUUGUUAUUUUUGAAAAAAAAGAAAUGUUACAAACCUUCGCGGUGAAAGAGGAGGUGCUUUUUUCUCGUUCGAAGCAUAUUUUUGGUCCCGGUUGAACCUCCCCCGUGAGCGUUAAAGUCGUUGGGGUCGUUGUUUCCCCGCCGGUUUAUCUCGUGUCGAAGCUUACAGAGUUAGCCGCCGGUCGGCUAAACGGAAACUGUUUCUCUGGUUCCACAAGCCAGCAUUCUCUGCACGGAGAACCUUAACCUGCAACACUGUCCACCAUUAAGCUAACUGUUGUUUGGAGUCACCUUCCUUUUGUAUCUUCACGUUUCUGAAGGUUUUGUUGUGAUGUGAACAAAAAAAUGCACCGGCUGCAUUUUAAGAGAUGUUUUGUGUUGUCAUAAAGAGUUUUGUGAUUUUUCCAGAGCAGGGAGCAACACUUAAAUUUGUCGUUUUGGACUCACUCGAGGUCCCCGGAUGCUUUAAAGCAGUCAGGAGUUGUUGAUUCUGCGUUUAAAGCCCGCUGAGGCCUUCAGGCGUGAGGCAAAACGUCUAAUAAUCAGUGUUAAAUUGGCGCUCUCUGUCGUUUUUUCUUGAAACAUGAGCGUGGUUGUGCUGCCCCCUGCUGGCCCUGAAUGGAUUUCUGUGUGGUUGAAUAAUGUGAACUGAGAUUUUCUGUUAAAGCUUAGAUUAUAUCCUCUUUAUUUUUCAUAUUAUUAAAAAAAAAAACACUUUUCCUCCUUAUUUGUUUUAUUUAUAAACCUGUGUAGUCACAUCAUGCUGAUAUUUACUCUUAUUUUAUUGUUAUUUAAUUUGUACUAGGUACAUAACAUGCUUCAGUAGUCCUCAGAUAUUGACUUAAUUAAUAUUUUUUAUAUGCAUUUUGCUUGUUUUUCAAGGUUCAGAGUAUGAAGUUGAAGAUUUUUGACUGAUGUCUGCUUCGCCUUGACUGCUGUCGUGGUUUAUCGUGUACAUACUGUAUGUUUCUCUAUUUUUUUCUCCUCCCUGUGUUCAUCCGUUUGUAUUUGGACUGUUAAAAUGGAAUAGAGGAACCGUUUAUACAUGAAUUAGUUGUGUUUAAAUGACAAAGUUAAUAAAACCAUGUUUAAAAAUGA